UUGACGCACUCAUCCCAUCAGUUAAGCAGAGCAACAAGCAAAAUGCUGAGACUAGCUGCUAUUUCCCUUCUGCUUAUCGCAUCGGUUCUAUCCGAGCCCAGACCGGAUCUCGCGGUUCCGGUUACCAUCCCUGGAGUCUCAUCGGGAAGUCUAGACACCAACGGCAACAUCGUCGCCAACGCUGAUCGCAUCUUGGCUACUCUGAAUCAGUUCCAGUCCAUCGUUCAAAGCUUGUACUACAUCAAAACCCCGGAAUAUGCCGAGGUGGCCGAUAACUUCCGCUACGUGAUGGACAGCUUGGUGGAAGCCGGAAGCCCGAUUUUCCAAGGCCUGUCCAACGUGGCGAAGAUAUCCUCCGGAAAUAUUGAGCGUGCCUUCAAUGGAAUUCGAUCGGACAUCAAUUACACCAUUGAUCUUCAUGAAGAACAUAUGUCUCUGGUAAACGCAUCACGUGACAUUCUAGGUGAUGCUACGACCGCUUACUUCGAAGGUGCACUCACCAAGCUGUUCGAAAACUUGAACAACAUCACAUCGUUGUUGAACAACAUCCAGGGUGCGGUUGUUCAGAUUCAGCAGCUGAAUCCUAGAACUCAAGCUGCUGUCAAUGCAUUGCUCCCGAACAGUGACAUCAAGGCGUUGAAUGCCGUGCUGAGACAGUACAUUCAGAUUGCCGAUUCCGCCAUUCCGGAGAUUCGAUCUGUUGUCAGUAGAAUACAAACUGUGGACGGUUUGAAUUCACGCAUCACUACUUCAUUCGAGCAGUACCGACAGAGUUUGAACACGUACAUCAACCGCACAAGUGCACCAUACUUGCAAUCCAAUGUCAUCAACACUCUUGUGAACGGUUUGGCAAAUCUUCGAAAACAACUCGUGGAAAGAACUUCCAAGGAUGGUGUCUCCGUGGCAACUCUGAUGUUCGACAGCAACAACGUACUGAGCGACGCAGCUAAUCGAACUGUACCUGUCCUGCAGGCUCUCGCUCUCAACAUAUCUACAAACUUCGAUGCUCUGGAAAACCUAGUCAAGACAUUGCGAAUGGCCACGGAUCGUCCUCACGUAGUAUUGAACAUGACCGAAAGAGCGCUGAACGCUGUCAUUCGUGAAACGUCUUUGGUCAUGACCCAAAGACGGAACAGAUCGGACAGCUGUUUCGCACAGGUCAACAACCUGUUUGACGCAAUCCCUCGGAAUGUCUACCCGUCACUGUCCAACUGUCUGUACAAUACAGUAUCGGAUUUGUCAGCGAUGGUGUCCUCAAUGAACUAUGCCACUGGAUUCACCCGGACCGAUAUGAAUUAUGAACUCGCGGCGGUCGAAGGCUGUGUCAACAUGAUCACUCGAUAUUCCACCGAUAUGACCAAGUACCAAGCAGCUACCUGUUUGAAUGAGGCUCGUAACUUCAUUUCUGGCCGGCGAGUCUACGUACAGCAGAUUGCCAACUACCAGAAAUUGCUGGAAAACGAAGUCGCCUAUAGUGCUGGACGAUACGACUAUUGUUUGGCGAACUCAAUGCGUCAAGCCCAAACCAUGAUCAACUACCUGCGAGGAACGUUUGGACAAUGCGUCGGCAUGGCUCCUGCCGUUACUCCGUACAAGUUCCGGAUUGGCGGUAAGGUCACCAUCAGAUUCGGCUAAAUACCAUCUAGUUACCCGCCAUUUUUACAAGGCUUCGAACGAUGAAUAAAAUGAAAUAGCAAUCCAUGAAAAAA